GGGCGGCACGCGGCGGCUGGCGCCCCCCGGGCGGAACCCGUUCGUGCACGAGCUGCGCCUCGGCGCCCUGCAGAAGCUCCAGGUGGCCUUCAUGACGCUCACGCUGUUCCCCAUCCGGCUCCUGCUCGCUGCCUUCAUGAUGCUGCUGGCCUGGCCCUUGGCGCUCGUGGCCUCGCUGGGACCUGCCGAGAAGGAGCCCGAGCAGCCCCCAGCGCUGUGGCGGAGGCUGGUGGACAUCCUGCUCAAGGCCAUCAUGCGUGCCAUGUGGUUCGCCGGCGGCUUCCACCACGUGGCCGUGAAGGGGCGGCAAGCGCUGCCCAGUGAGGCCGCCAUCCUCACGCUGGCCCCACACUCGUCCUACUUUGACGCCAUCCCUGUCACCAUGACCAUGUCCUCCAUUGUAAUGAAGGCGGAGAGCAGAGACAUCCCAAUCUGGGGAACCCUGAUCCGGUACAUACGGCCGGUGUUCGUGUCCCGGUCCGACCAGGACUCGCGCCGAAGAACCGUGGAGGAGAUCAAGAGACGGGCGCAGUCGGGCGGAAAGUGGCCGCAGAUAAUGAUUUUCCCAGAAGGAACCUGUACCAACAGGACCUGCCUAAUUACCUUCAAGCCAGGUGCGUUCAUCCCCGGAGUCCCUGUGCAGCCUGUGGUGCUUCGAUACCCAAACAGGCUGGACACCAUCACAUGGACGUGGCAGGGCCCUGGCGCGUUGGAGAUCCUGUGGCUCACGCUGUGCCAGUUGCACAAUCGGGUGGAGAUCGAGUUUCUGCCCGUGUACCGCCCAUCCGCCGAGGAGCGCAGGGACCCCGCGCUGUUCGCAGCCAACGUGCGGCGCGUCAUGGCCGAGGCCCUGGGUGUUUCUGUGACUGACUACACGUUUGAAGACUGCCAGCUCGCGCUGGCGGGGGGACAGCUGCGCCUCCCGCCCGACUCCUGCCUGCUGGAGUUCGCCAGGCUGGUGCGAGGCCUCGGGCUGAGGCCGGAAAAGCUUGAAAAGGACCUGGACAAGUACUCAGAGAGGGCGACGGGGAAGCGGGGCGAGAAGGUCGGCCUGGCGGAGUUCUCGGCGUACCUGCAGGUGCCGCACUCGGACGUGCUGGAGGACAUGUUCGCGCUCUUCGACGAGGGCGGCUGUGGUGAAGUGGACCUGCGGGAGUAUGUGGUGGCCCUGUCGGUUGUGUGCCGGCCGUCCCAGACCCUGGACACCAUCCAGCUGGCGUUCAAGAUGUACGGGGCGCCGGGGGAUGGGAGCAUCCAGGAGGACCACCUCGCCCGCAUCCUCAGGGCCGCCCUGGGCGUGGCAGAGCUGUCUGUCACAGACCUGUUCCGGGCCAUCGACCAGGAGGAGAAGGGGAGAAUCUCAUUCGCCGACUUUCAGAGGUUCACAGAGCUGUACCCCGACUUCGCCGAGGAGUACCUGUACCCCGAGCAGCGGCCCUUCCACGGCUGUGCCCAGACGCCGCCCACGCUGACCCCCAACGGCUUCUGUACCGACUUUAGCCCCGAGAGCUCAGACUUGGACAAGCCACCCUGUAAGAAACUGGACUAGGGCUCGUGGACCCGAGGACCAGGCCCCUCCCACAGCCGCCAACUCCAUACAACCAGGAGCCCAGUCCCCAGGGACCUCCGUCUUGCGCCUGAGGGCUUCGGGCUGAGUUCCGGGAGACCCAGGCCCUGUGCAGUGCUUCUCCGUGAAGAGUCUGAGCUCAGAGUGUGUGGGGAGCCGGGCCUCGGGACGCGGGCCGGGGCCGGGUGGGCGCCAAGCACACCCUUGCUCCACACGGAGAGUCCGGUCUGAGUUCCUGCCAUCCCCUCCUGAAGCCCCAUCCUGUCUGGUCAAGCUGAGGUCACCUGCGCUCUGAGCCAGCGCGGCCUCUGCCACCUCGGUCAUACUCGGGGUCACCUGCGCUGUGAGCCAGUGGGGCCUCCGCCUCCUUGGGGUCACAACACAGAGGCACCACCAUCUGGUUUUUAAACAUUUCUAUAUUUGCGCGCGAGCUCAUGCGUAUUUUAUAACUUCAUUUAGGUACUUCAGAAGAUAUUCAGCAUUUUUUUAGGAAAAGAGGAAAUGUUUUUUCUACUUCAUUGUUCCUGUUGAGCUCGGAGGUCAUUUAUUUGUUGGCCCUUCCCUGACAGACUCUGAGGCGGUCUCGGGCACGGCCAUACAUGCCCAGCCGGUGCCCCCUGCACCCGGCCCCAAGGUGCCUCUGGUCUCCAUCCUUUUGGAAUCCCCUCUUUUUUAUAACUUUACCAUUUUGGUGGUUCUGUUUCAGCACAACAAGAUCUACUUCACUGUA